AUGUCUGAUUAAGUUAAACAAUUAAUUGAGGAAAUGAUUCCUAAUGUAAGAUACUAUAAUAAUGAUAGAUUAGAAAAGAACUAAUAAAAGAAUUGAAACCUUAAUAUGAAGCUUAAUAUAUAGAGUAAUUGAAUUAAGCAAAAUAAGAAAUGACAGGUUCACAAUUUCUCAGUAAUUAAUUAACAGAAAAAAGAAGAGAGGUUAUAAAUUACAUUUAUAAUGAUAGCUAGCAUAAUAAAUUAUGAAUUAAAUUGAGUAAGAGUUUGAAUAAGAAAAGCAAUCUUUGAUUCAUAAUGUUUCUAUAAAUUUAAGCAAAAGUAAAUCUAUGCAUUUAUUAGAAUAAUAGUAAUCAUUAAUUAUUAUGAAUAGAUUGAGAUAAAAAAUAUAAAAGGAAUAUGCAGGUUAUGUAGAUGAGGAAAUGAGAAAAAAAAUUCAUUUAAUCAAAUUAAAUUUUUAAAAAAGUUAUGAAGAAGAUAGAAUCUAGAUGAAAAAUUAAAUGACAACUGAAUUUACUGAAAAACUCUAAAUUCAUUUAGAAUAGCUUGAAUAAAGUAUUAUCCAUUUAUAGUACCAAAGCAAAAUCUUAAUUGACCGUUGAUUAUCAGAAUUAAAGAGAGAAAUUAUUAAGAAUAGAGACAGAAACAAAAUAAUUUUAAUUUUAAAAAGAAAACUAAGAAAAUACAUAUGGACAAAAGAUUUAAGAAAUUCAUGAAUAAAUUAAAUUACUUUAAGAUUAAUUAUCAUAAAUCAAAGCUUUAAAAAUUUAAGCAUAAAAACCUAAAUAAAAAAAGAAGGAAAUUUGUUAAUCUUUGUAAAAUGAUACAUAAUCUUAAUUAUCACCAUAUUAAUCAUGUAUUAAAAAUAAAAUCCUUUAAGAAUGUUUAAUUUAUGAUGGAUUGAAUAUUGCCAAUUUUGAUGAAUUACCAAAUUUAUUUCACUUUGAAAUUUAAGAAAAUAUAAUUGAUAAUAAAUAAUCAACUUAAAAUCUGAUACCAUAAUAUGAAUCAAAUCAUAUUUAAAAAUAAGAACUUAUAUAAACUAUAAAUACUUAAAUUAAUACACAUGAUAGUUAAAUAAUAUCAUUUAAUGUAUCAUAACCUUCUAUUAUUAAAAAUACUAUUAAUCAAAAUUAAAUUAAUUUAUGUUCCACUUAAUAAUAGCACUAAUAAAAUUAAUAAAUUUAAAAAUAGUCAUAAAUUUAAUAAGAAAAAGAAAAUGAUCCUUUAACAUAUAAUAAUAAUAUAUAACAUAAACCAUCAUCCUCUUUAUCCCCUAAUUAAUAAAGAAGUAGUUAAGAUUAUUAAACAAAAAAAUCUUCACUUAUUAAUUAAUCAACAAUAAUAGAGAAAUUGGACAAUCUUUGUAAAGAAAAGAUUAGAUAAUCUCAAAUAAGUACUAAUUAAAGAUAAUCAAAAAUCUUAUUACCAUAAGAUCCUUUUGAAGUGCUCUUUUAAAUUGAUUCAAAAGAUAAUUAAACAACUAGAAAUAUAAAAUUAUUAAGAAAAGAACUUUAAUCAAAAUUUUUAGAAGACAUCUAAUUAGAAGAUUAUUAUUUCUAAUAAAUUACAUUUUUUAAACUUAAUUAUGUUUAAUAAUUUCCAAAAAAUUAAUAAUCUCAAAUUUCAUAAUAAAUUUAAGAAUUAAUUUCUAUUUGGAAUAAAGGUCAUUUGUCUUUUUCUGAAAGAAUUGAUUAUAUUAAAAGAGUUAUUAAUAGUUCAAAUUCUACUUAAGAAUUAUAAUAUAUAUUAGAAGAAUGUUUAAUUUAUUAUUAAUAAAGUAUUUUAUGUUAAUAUAUAUUUAUUAGAUGAAUUAUUAAUAGAAAAACUCUAGUAACGUUAAUCAUUAAGAUCAUAGAUUUUAAAAGACAAUUAUUUAUGUUAAAAAAACAAAAGAGUUUUUGCUUUAUUAAGAAGUUUAAAUUAUGAAAUUAAAGCUUAACUAAAAUUCAAAUUCUUUUGGAGAGAAGUUGAUGUUGAUUAGAUUAUUAUGAUUGAUUAAUUUGAAUAAUAAUUAAUUGAUAGAGAAGAAAUGAAAGAAGAAAUAAAAAAGAAAGUUGAAAAAAAGUUUAAAUGA